CUCAUUCUCCUUCUGUAACCUCAAACCUUAAGCUCUUUUUUCUCUUCCUUUCUCUCUAUCUACCACUUUCCAGCUUUUGAAUUUUGAACAACCAUGACAAUUCAGAGAAACUGUUUUCAAGUUUGUGUCCUUUGUUUUAUGAAGUGUUUUUGAACAUCCAUUACUAUUUUGUUCUUUGCAAAUUCAUGAAGUUGGUUCAGUUUGAAAGAUCAAGCUUUUUGCACUGCAUGGUCACGGGAUCUCAAAAGGGUGUCUUCAAUUCUGAGCUGAAACAGUAGUGUUGGAUAAAAAAACAAAGAGACGAAACAGUGUUUUUGUUUGGUGGCAAGAGAAGUCCAUUUUUGCACAGAAUUUUGUGGAUUCUAGUGUUUGAGGAAGAAGGGGAAAGUGUGGAGCUUUGUGAUUUGUUUGUUUGUGUUAUAUAUACUGUUCUGGAAGUUGUGUUCAAAAAAAGAUAAGUUUUACUGUUUGCCAACCACAGAGGAGAAGAUAUUCCCCACAUGGCGAUACAAAGCCAAAAUGCAUUUACUAGAUCACGGGGUGGUCUUCCAAUUGGAGAUGGAAUAUCUUUGAAUUCUGGUGUGCAUCCUGUUGCAGAUAUUCCACUACAUGAUCAGUUUUCUUGUGGAAAUGACUAUGCCUUGAAGGUAAGGAAACCAUAUACUAUCACAAAGCAAAGAGAGAGGUGGACAGAUGAAGAACAUAAGAAGUUCCUUGAAGCCUUAAAGUUAUAUGGCAGGGCCUGGCGACGGAUUGAAGAACAUGUUGGUACAAAGACUGCUGUUCAGAUUCGAAGUCAUGCUCAGAAGUUUUUUUCUAAGAUUCUUCGAGAGUCUAGUAGAAACAGUACAACCUUGGAGGAGUCAAUUGAAAUCCCCCCUCCACGACCGAAACGGAAGCCAAUUCAUCCUUACCCUCGUAAACUAGUUGAGAUUCCAAAGACAGAAAUUUCCAACUCAGAACUCCCACUGAGGUCGAAUUCUCUUAAGCCAUCAGACUUUGGUCAAGAAAACAAUUCUCCCAAGUCAGUGUUAUCUACAGUUGUUUCAGAAACCCUUGGUUCCUCCGAUUCAGAUACACCUACUAGAUGUUUGUCACCAACCUCAUCCAUUAGUGAUGUCCCCACAAACAGAUUUCCACUCGCUGAGCCCAAAACAUCAUUUGAGGAAGAAGGGUCUCCACCAAGUUCAGCUCAUGAUAAGCAACCUCCUGUGAAACUGGAGUUUUUUCACAAAGAAAGUGUUUCUACCAAGGACGAUGCAACAGAAGAAUCAUCUGGUCGUACUCUCAAACUUUUUGGGACCACUCUACUGAUAACAGAUACAUGCAAACCUUCUUCACCAACAAUGGAGCCAUGGAAACCAACACCUGCGGCUGCAAUGUAUCUCAUGCAACUUCAGAAUGGAUGUUCAGAUAUUACAGAAGGUCCUGCUUCUAUUGUUCCUUGGUGGAGUCUUCCCCACAAUACACCAUUCAUGCCACUGCACAAGGAGCCAAAAGGGAAUCAUAUAUACUCCAACCUUGGAGAGUUUGUACAUAAAGAAGUUCAAAAGGAAGGAUCAUGGACUGGUUCAAACACUAGUUCAAUUAAUGAUGGAGAUAACAUUGAAAAAUCAGAUGAUCAAGCCAAGAGUCAUGUGCAUUGCUUUAGCAAAAGUGAAAUAUCAAGUAUAUCUGAGCUAAGGGUAAGGCCUAAAACAUGUGGAAAAGGGUUUGUACCAUGUAAAAGGCGCAUGGCAGAGAGAGAAAGCAAGUACUCAUCAAUAUGUUACGAGGAGAGGGAAGAGCAAGGUAUUAAGCUUUCAUUGUAGUACCCUCUUAUUGGCUUUUCUUCAAAGCAGUUUGCCUUUUACAGGUAUAAUGUUCCUGUUUCUGUUGCUGGAUGACCAUGUAUUUCUUUUUAAUCCUGGGUCAGAGAUCAUGAUUGUCUUUCAACUUAUUGGGGUCAGAGAUUAAUUCCGCCAGUGGUUAGUGGCUAUUGUUGGUCUAAGAAAAUUUUGUACAUGGUGAAAAUUGAACACAAAUUUUCUCACUAAAUAGAUCAUUUUCACUCCUGUGAGAGUGGAAUGGAACUUUACAUCGCCAAGCCUUUCGCAGCUGGAUAACCAUGUAUGUGAAGAAAGAUAAGGGAAAGAUAAGGGAGCUGAAAUUUUUUAUAUUUCUACCGCAUUGUUAAUUCUCCACAAGCCUGUGUAUUUACCUAUGAGUUUCAAGAUUUUGGGAGAAAAACUACCCAGUGAAUUAUCCCACCUUUUAUAUUUCUUCUAGCCUAGGCUUUUUGUAUUUCUUCAGAUUCUUUCUCCCACCCUCCACUCCGGAUAUAUCCAGUGCCUUUUUUUCUUUUUAAUUCUAACUGUCUUUCAAGUGUAAGUAGCAUACUUAUGUAUCGCUUAUUAGUGUAAUUGUUCAUAUUUAUCAAAUGGAGCAAAUUAUUAUACUCAAAUCAGCUGAAGUUGAAUAAAAUUGUAAUUAGUACUCCUUC